AGCGUUUGACAGUUCCUCCUAGCGUUUGUUGUUGUUUUGAGGAGUUGGCAACUGCAACGAAACCGGUGUCGGUGAUUAAAUGUUCCCCAUUCCAACGCAUCGCAUUAUUAGUUCGUUAUUAUUAGGUUAAAUACAGUAAAGAGUCGUUUACAAUGUUUUGGCACAUAUUUUUACUCGUUUCCGGUGUAAAGCUGCUGUUUAUCCCCGCCUACCGUUCCACAGACUUUGAGGUGCAUCGAAACUGGCUAGCCAUCACGCACAGCUUACCUCUCUCCCGCUGGUAUUAUGAGAAAACGAGCGAAUGGACACUCGAUUAUCCACCAUUCUUCGCGUACUUUGAAUGGCUUCUGUCGCUGGUGGCUAAAUCGUUCGAUCCCCGCAUGCUGGACGUAAAGAAUCUCAAUUACGCUUCCGAGCAGACGAUUGUCUUCCAGCGGUUUUCCGUCAUCGUAACCGACGUAAUCUACGCACUGGGCGUUCGCCGCUGCCUGCGUGCAUUAACCACAGGAACCCCAAAUACAGCAUCCCGCUCGAUCCUUAUCGGUGGUGCACUGCUCCUCGGCAAUGCCGGUCUGCUCAUGGUGGACCAUAUCCACUUCCAGUACAAUGGAUUCCUGUUCGGCGUAUUGCUCCUUAGCAUCGGUGCACUGAUGGAAAAUCGCCCCCUUCAGGCGGCCCUAUUGUUUGCCGCGCUGCUAAACUUAAAACACAUCUUCAUGUACGUGGCCCCCGUUUAUAUGGUUUAUUUGCUACGAUUUUAUUGCCUGCGCGAUUUCACCAUCGGACAAGCGGUGGGGCGAUUAAUCAAACUCGGCACCAUCGUGCUGGGCAUUUGUUUACUAUCGUUCGGUCCAUUCUACGAACACAUUCCGCAGGUCCUUUCCCGGCUGUUUCCCUUCACGCGUGGCCUCACGCAUGCUUACUGGGCACCGAAUUUUUGGGCGCUGUACAACACGGCCGAUAAAGCGCUAGCUGUAGCGCUCGGGAAGGUGGCUAAAGGAUCGAGCACCGGUGGGCUGGUGCAAACAUUCGAGCACACCGUUCUGCCAUCGAUAACGCCCGCAGUAACAUUCGCCCUGACGGGAGUGUUUAUGGUUCCGAUUCUUCUAAAGCUUUGGACACUGAAAUCAACCGCCUCGCACGUCGCUCUCGGGCGUAGCUUCGUGCGAGCGAUUGUCCUGUGCGGUUGCACUUCCUUCCUGUUCGGUUGGCAUGUGCACGAGAAAGCCAUCCUGAUGGUGCUGAUCCCACUGACGCUGCUCGCCAUCGGCAACCAAAACGACGCGCGUUGGACCAUUUUUCUUGGGGUCGUAGCACAUUACUCACUGUUUCCGUUGUUGUUUAAACCCGAGCUGACGCUGGUAAAAAUAAGUUUGCAUGCAGUUUACACCGGCCUCAGUGUGGUGCUGCUAAAGCUGCUUCAUCGUGGACAAUUCUUUCGUACGGUGGAGUUCCUGUACUUGGCCGGAUUCCCUGUGCUUUGUGCGUACGAAAACGUUGUCCACGAUGCAAUAGGACUGGGGGAACGAUUGCCCUUUUUGCCGCUGCUCCUUACCAGUGUGUACUGUGCCGUUGGGGUAUUGUACUUCUGGGUGUCCUACCAGCUGGCCUUCCUUCGUACGAACGGUGGUGAAACGAGUGUCACGGAGAAGAAAAAGACCAAAUAAUCAUGAGCGUGUAGAAAUAAAGCCAAUGACUGAUAAAUGUACAUGAACAACCGAA